UCAACCUCGUCGCGUCUAGAGUUUAUCCGUGUCGUAAGCUCUAUUAAAAUUUCCCGAGAUCUGCGUGGGUGCAACUGAAGGAUAAAAUCGUGAUUUGGUGACACGGAGAGUUUUAUGACAGUGGUUGAACUAAUUGAAUUGGAGAACUUAGUUAAGUGCCGUUGAAAAAUGAGCGAAAGUGCCAGCUCCAAUUGUUCCAAGGAUCGUGCAAAGCCGGUGGAAACCCUCGUCCUCGCCAACUAUGCCUUGAAAGCCGAACAGAAAAAGGCCCAAGGACAAGGUGGCCGAAAGGAGGACGAACGCAUCACCACUGCGGUGAUGAAGGUCCUCGAGGGCUACGACUGGAACCUAGUUCAGGCAUCGGCCAAGGCGCCCACGGACCGCAAGAAGGAGCACAUCAAGCGCCCCAUGAACGCCUUUAUGGUCUGGGCCCAGGCAGCUCGACGAGUCAUGUCCAAACAGUAUCCUCAUCUGCAGAACUCGGAGCUAAGCAAAUCGCUGGGCAAGCUGUGGAAAAAUCUAAAGGAUAGUGACAAGAAGCCCUUUAUGGAGUUCGCCGAGAAGCUUCGAAUGACGCACAAGCAGGAGCACCCGGACUACAAGUACCAGCCGCGGCGCAAAAAGGCGCGCAUAGUGCCCAGCCAGCAGGCCGGAGAAGGGGGAUCGGGAUCCCCGGGCCCAGAAAUGACUUUGUCCGCCAAUCCGGGACACUCCGGGAAGCCGAGGAGCAGCAACUCAAAUGGCCAGCGGCGGGCUGGAAAAUCAAAUGCAGCUGGCCUGGGAAACUGCCCCUCGACCCUCUCGAAUUCUAAUAUGGGCACGGGCUCCUCCUCGUCGGAUGUCUUCAGUAAUGAGGCUUUCAUGAAAUCCCUGAACAGUGCCUGUGCGGCCAGUUUGAUGGAGCAGGGUCUCAUCGAGGCUGGAAUGGAUUCGCCCUGCUCCACCGCCAGUUCGCUGUCCUCCCUGACGCCCCCGGCCACGCCCUACAGUGGAGCCUCCUCGGGAGCAAAAUCCUCCUCCGCAGCAGCUGGGAAUAACCCCAGUCUUUUGCUGCGGCAACUAAGUGAGCCAGUUGGAAACGCUGGUCAUGAUUACGGAGUGCUGCUCGAGGCUGGCCGGGAAUACGUGGCCCUGGGUGAGGUCAAUUACCAGGGGCAGGCGGCGGCGGUGGGCGGAGGUCAGGAAAUGGACUUCCUGGAGAACAUCAAUGGGUAUGUGGGCGGCUAUGCGGGCAGUCGGGUGAACUACCCCGGCUACUCUUACCCGGCAAACGGGGGUCAGUUCGAGGAGCAGCAGGCGUCACAGGCCAGUGGAGCCUUAAAUUACAAGCCAACAGCAGCGGCGGCAGCCACCGACAUCGAUCCCAAGGAAAUUGACCAGUAUCUCAUGGAUCAAAUGCUGCCCAUGACGCAGCACCACCAUGCGCACCACCACCCGCUGCACCACCACCCCCAUCCACAGCCCCACCCACCACUGCACCACUCGCCGCCUUUGAACUCCUCCGCCUCGCUCUCCUCGGCCUGCUCCAGUGCCAGCUCGCAGCAACCGGUGGUGGAGUACUACGACCACUUGGGUUAUUCCCCGGCAGCCUCCAGCCAGCAGACCCCGAACUUUGGCCCCCAGCAACCGUAUGCCACCGCCUCCCUGACCCCCACUCUGGGUGACCCCGCUCCACAACAGCAGGAGCUGCAGUCCCAGCAGCAGGAGCAGCAGCACCAGAAUCCAUCGCAGCAUCAUCUGUGGGGCACUUACACUUAUGUCAAUCCCUAAGCUACUUCAUUUGCACAUUUGUUGUUUGGCACAGGAAAAAAGAGGGGCUACUUUUGUGUUCCAAUUUUGUACAGAUAUUCAUAGAAACUAAGUCCGCUACUUAGUUUUUGAAAAAGAAAUGGCAUGACAUUCCUAACUAAAUUUUAUAUAAUUCCUUUAUUUUAUAUAUAUAAUAUUAAACCCCGAAAAAUAAG